UAGAAAUACUUUAAACUUUAAAAUGUGUAAAUACAUGUGUACAGAGAGCAGAGAGAAGGAAAGUCGAGUGCAAAGCCGGACUCCACUAUAUAUGCACGGCCACACAGCCUACAUCUCCUUCGCCUUCACCAAGAUGGCAGCUCCGCCUUCGCUGCGACCCCUUAAGAACUUGCCUCCCACAGCGGAGGCCUCUGGCGGCGCCACCAACUCCGCCGCUAUAUCCCUCAGUCCCAGCCUCUUCAUCAUCUCCGCCAUCGUCGCCUUCGUCUUCGUCGCGUCCGCCUCCAUCCACCUCCUCCUCCGUUUCCUAUCCUCGCGCCGUCGCUCGUCCUCCGUCGCUGCUGCGCCGCCGCUGCCGCCGCUCUUCCAGCUCCGCCACUCUGAUUUCUCUUCCCCGUCAUCGUCCGCUGCUGCCGCUGCCGUGGCCUCCGACUUCGGCCUCUCCGACCAAGACAAGAAGGCGCUCAUUGACUCCCUCCCGUUGUUCUCCCUGGCCUCCUCGCUCGCCGUCCUCCCCAAGUCUUCGCCGGACUGCGCCGUCUGCCUCUACCCCUUCCGCCCACACGACGAGCUCCGUCUCCUCCCGGCCUGCCGCCACGCCUUUCACUCCCGGUGCGUCGACCCAUGGCUCCGCUCCACCCCUUCUUGCCCUCUCUGCCGUUCCUCCAUCGCCCUCCCCGCCCCGCCUCUCCCACCCCCGCCACCGGCGUCGCUUCUUACCAUCGCCACUUACGGGAACCCCUCCCGGUCCGGCAGCUUCCGCGUCGAGAUGGGCAGCGUGAGCCGGCGGACCCCAACGGAAGCGGAGCCAGCCGUGAACCCUCCGCAGCACCUGAGGACGUACUCCAUAGGGUCGUCGUUCGAGUACGUGGUGGACGAGGAGGUGGAGGCAAUAGUGGCGCGGAUCCGAAGACGGGCGGAGAAGGAGGAGAAACGGGAAGCGGCGGCCGAGCCUGCCUCCUCCGCUAUCGUAGCGGGGCCGGCUCCAGCGGCGGCGGAGGCGACGGGGGUAGGAGGGAGGGGAUGGCUGCGGGCGUACGUGGACCGGCUCGCAUCCUCGGCCUCGACCUCCUUCUCCUCGUUCCGUUUCUCUGGGCAGUGGAGCCACCGGUACGACGGCGGUGACGGAGGCGGGGUCGCGCGAUACUCGUCAGAUUUGGAAGGGAGCGCGCGGCGGGAGGCGGAGGAGGGUGGCUACUACGUCUUCUACAGGUGGCUGAUAGGGGCAUAAAGGUCACUUCCUUCCCUCCUCCUCGUCAAAGUACCCUUUCGGGCGCCUCCACAUGACUAAAGUACCCACCCACAGCAUUCCCCUACAACUACGAAAACGUCCUCGCCGGCCCCGACGUGUCUCCCUCUGGACGAUAAAACCCGGAGGGCCCACAAGCCGGUACACAUAGAGAAGCUUCUUGUAGUGGCAUCAGUGGGCCACAACGGCCGCUGGUUCCCGAGAGAUAGGAUCAUGUGUUCAUCGUUCUGCGUUUCACGUUUGGCAUUGGAGGAGGGACUUCGAAUUCUUGUAACUUUGUUU